UCCAGCUCACUUGCACUUGACGCUCAUCACCGCCGCACGCGCCGUCUCCUUCACCCCAGACUGACCCAACUCCCGCCGCGCAAUAUGAGCGCAGUCCUCUCCCUGGCCAGGCCGUCCUCAUCGAGCCUCACAACAGCCGUAUCCACAUCCCAGUCGCGCGCCCUCCAGCAAUCCCGGUCGGUCUCCUCCUCGCCUUACGGCCGCACCCACGUCUGGAAGCACCGCCAGCGGGUCCUCCCCAACCCCUUCGCCCCGCACUUCCCGCAGACCGUCUUCCACGUCGACGGGAGCACCUUCACGCACUACACCACCUCGCCGCGCUCCCUGUUCAAGCUCACCAAGGACACCACGAACACCCCGCUCUGGAACGCCACGCGCUUCCUCGGCGAGGCAGAGGAGGAGGACGCCGUCACCGGUCGCCUGGGCAGGUUCAACAGGCGCUUUGAGGGCCUCGGCGGGUCGGGUUCCGCGUGGCUGGAGCAGGCGGAUACGGAGGAGGGCGUGGAGGCGUUGAAGAAGAUGCAGAUCGAGGCGCAGGCGGUCAUGGGUACACACAAGCAGGAGAAGGAGGACGUUAAAAAAGGGAAGGGGGGCAAGCGCGGCAAGCGGUAGGCGGGCGGGAGGUAUUUGAGGAUGCGGAUGCGAGUUGCGCGUUUCUAUCUAUCGGUUGUU